UUUUCGGCCAUUUCCAUCGCAACCGUCGAAGGACAAACAUCGUCGAACCUGUCUCUGAGAAGAUGCCACCAAAGUCAGCUGCGGUCAAGACGGUCGCGGCCUCGCCUACUGGUACUGUUGCCGCUGCGGUGAAGAAGGCCGGUGCUGGACGCUCCAAGAAGAACAUCGUCAAAAGCAGUGGCCUCGAGAAGACGAAGAAGAGGAAGUCCCGCAAGGAAAGUUACGCGAUCUACAUCUACAAGGUGCUGAAGCAGGUCCACCCGGACACGGGAAUUUCGUCCAAGGCCAUGAGCAUCAUGAACAGCUUCGUGAAUGACGUGUUCGAACGGAUUUCCGCUGAGGCAUCCCGGCUGGUCCACUACAACAAGCGGCAAACCGUAACGUCCCGCGAGAUCCAGACGGCGGUCCGCUUGCUGCUGCCCGGGGAGUUGGCCAAGCAUGCCGUAUCGGAGGGAACGAAGGCGGUGACCAAGUACACGAGCUCGCGAGAAUAGGCAGGGGAAAACAACAAGAAACGGCCCUUUUCAGGGCCACUGAAAUUUUACGAAAGAGUUAUUCUUAUCAAAAUUCAUAGUUCAAAUACAGGCACAAUACCCCAACCAGUUCAAUUUGAUUAUUUAAAAUUUAUUAGAAUCUUCUACGAUUCCUUUGCGAUUUUAAUAUGUUUCGGUCCCUGAAUUCAAUGAACCAGAAGAAUCGUGAUUUCACAUCGUAAU